UUUCUUUUUUCACCUGGACUUAUUUGGCCUUCUAACCAUUUAACUCUUUCUGCACCUUAACUCUUGCUAGAAAACAAACGAUAGCCGUCCGCUUGAAAAAUUCAUUACCAUGUCCAAAGUCCCUGCUAUUUUGAACCCUACUGAAGAAGACAUUCAACUCUUGUUGUCUGCUCAAGUCCAUAUUGGUACCAAGAACGUGAACAAGCGUAUGACACCUUACGUCUUUAAGCGUCGCGCUGAUGGUAUCCACUUGAUCAACAUUGCCAAGACUUGGGAAAAGCUCAUCUUGGCUGCUCGUGUCAUUGCCUCUGUUGAGAACCCUCAAGAUAUUGUGGUCGUCUCUGCUCGUCCCUAUGGCCACCGUGCUGCCUUGAAGUUUGCCAGAUACAUUGGCUGUGAAGCCAUUGUGGGUCGUUACACUCCCGGUACUUUUACUAAUUACAUCACCCGUUCUUUCCGUGAACCUCGUUUGGUGAUCUGUACUGACCCUCGUUCUGAUUUCCAAGCUGUCCUUGAAGCUUCUUAUGUCAACAUCCCUGUCAUCUCUCUUGCUGACACUGAUGCUUCUUUGAAGUUUAUUGAUGUUGCUGUUCCUACCAACAACAAGGGUAAGCACGCCAUUGGUUUAAUCUACUGGCUCUUGGCCCGUGCUGUCCUUCGUCUUCGUGGUACUCUUGACUACACUACUCCUUGGGAUGUCAUGGUUGAUAUGUUCUUCUACCGCGAUCCUGAGGAAAUCGAAAAGGAAAACGAAGCUUCUGCCAACGUUGAAGAAUCCAAUGUCGAAUGGGGUGCUACUACCGAAGAAGCUGAUUGGACCAUUGAAGGUGCUGCUGCUGAUGGACCUGCUGGUCUUGCUGCUAAUGCCGGUGAAUGGUCUGCUCAAGCUGAUGCUGGUGCUGGUGCUUCUGACUGGGCUGAAGAUGUUUCCGCUGCCCCUGCUUCUGGUUGGGAUUAAAUCAUCCUUUGAUUUUUCAUAAAAAUAAAAUAAAAUGUUUAUUUUUUUUGUCACAA